CCAUAUUGGAUGGCACCCGAGGUGGCCGCUGUGGAGCGCAAAGGUGGCUACAAUCAAUUAUGUGAUAUAUGGGCGGUGGGCAUAACGGCAAUUGAACUUGCUGAACUCCAACCGCCAAUGUUCGACUUGCAUCCGAUGCGUGCGUUGUUCCUAAUGUCGAAAAGUGGUUUCAAACCGCCCACAUUGAGCAACAAGGAGAAAUGGAGUCCCACCUUUCACAAUUUCGUAAAGACGGCGCUGACGAAGAAUCCCAAGAAGCGUCCCACCGCCGAGUGUCUGCUGAAGCAUCCGUUCGUGCAGGGCGAGAUGUCGGUGCGUGUGGCCAAGGAGUUGCUGCAAAAGUUCUUGAGUCCAAAUCAGCAAUUCUACUACUAUUUGGAUGGCGAGGAGGAGACUGUCGCCAGCGUACCACAACGAAUAGCAAGUAAAAUGACAUCAAGGCCAAAUGGUAUUUCACCGCAAAAUCACACUUUGAAAACAGGCAUGACGACGAAUUCACAGUGGAACGAUCGCUCAUCUAGUCCCGAAACGUUGCCAAGCGACAUGAGCCUCUUACAGUAUAUUGAUGAGGAGCUAAAGCUAAGGUAAAUACUUACAACAACAACUACAACUACUACUAUACUCAAACGAACAGUGCAAGCGAAGCAUCUUUGGUUUUUUAUUUUUAAAAAAGCCCUCCAGAAACGUUAUAGAAUACUUUAAAAUGCAAACAAAAAAAACGCAAACAAAAAAAAUUGUUCAGCCAGAAAAAUCAAAUGCCAUCCUUUCAGAUAUUCAUAAUGCCAAACAGUGGUAAAAUUUAUGGCAGAAUCGCAAUGAAAAUGACGGACCAAAGCUGCCAAAUUACAUUAAACAGUGUUCGUGGCGAGAUUAGAUCUAUUUCUAUCUAUUUUUCGAGCGACCGAUAAGGUUCUUCCUCUCCUCAAAGCUGUGGCCCUUGACCCGUCGUUUUCAUUGUGUUUCAAGCAUUAGCGCUGGAAACAUUAAGCUUUGGCCACCGACCAUUUUCCAUACCAAUUCAAUCGCUUUCAUUUCCUUUCACAAAAAAAUAUUUCUUCAUUUUAAUUAUUUUACUAUUUCUUUUUAUUUAUUUAGAAAAU